GCUGCAGUUCGUCCGCCCCAAUUCCCCACCCGAUCCCGAUCCGUCCUUGCCGAUUCCCACCCGCCCUGCUCACUCGUCGACCCUGCCGUGAUCAUUGCCGACGUUCUUCCUGGACCUCACGCCUGAUCUCUCCGUGCAGCUUACCUCCGGAUCGAUCUCAGCCUGAUAGGAAGAGAUGGACUCAAGCAUGGAAGAUUUGGGCAAACAAGCACUGGAGAGACUUGGACUUCUAGCUGAGCUCGGUGAGCUUGCCCAGCAGGCUGCUAUCCUUGGGAACAUAGAUAACCUCUAUACUGAGUGUUAUUUGCACAAAGACUCAUAUAGACAAGUUCCUGAAACUGGACUUCAAUGGAUCAUGAGAUGUUUUGGUCGUCCUAGAUAUUUUUACAACAUGUUUCGCAUGACUCCAGAAGUGUUCACGACACUACAUGAUUUGCUUGUCUCUACUUAUGGAUUGAAAUCAACUAACAAUGUGUCAUCGGUCGAGUCACUAGCCAUGUUCUUAUGGAUUGUUGGAGGCCCUCAGGCAUUUGCACAAGCUGAAAACCAAUUUACAAGGUCUCUAUGGACGGUUCACACAAAGUUUAAAGAAGUAUUGUAUUAUUUGCGCAAGUUAGCAAGAGACAACAUCAAACCAAGAGAUCCUACUUUCAGUAUAGAGCAUGAAAAGGUUAAGGAAGAUCGAUUUUGGCCUCACUUCAAAGACGCUAUUGGUGCUAUAGAUGGAUCACAUGUACCUUGUUCAGUUCCUGCAGAGGAUGUGGUUAACCACACAUGUCGCCAUGGUUAUACAUCUCAAAAUGUGCUUGCCAUAUGUGACUUUGACAUGAGAUUUACCUUUGUUGUUGCUGGUUGGCCGGGCUCUGCACAUGACACAAGAAUCCUACAUCAUGCAUUAGCAAAUUUUUCUUCAUUUCCUGUACCUCCUAAAGGAAAGUACUACCUUGUUGAUUCUGGUUAUCCAAACCGAAUUGGAUACCUUGCUCCUUUCAAAGGGAGUACAUACCAUCUACCGGAGUUUCGUCUUCGCCGUGGGCGUGCACUGCAAGGGAAGUAUGAGAUAUUUAAUUUCUUCCAUUCGUCUCUUCGCAAUGUAAUUGAGCGUGCAUUUGGAGUCUUGAAGAAAAAGUGGCGUAUAUUGAAGGCAAUGCCAAGUUUCUCAACUCGUACACAGAAGCAUAUCAUUCUUGCUUGCAUAGCAUUGCACAAUUUUAUUCGGGAUAGCAAAUUGCGUGACCAGGAGUUCGAUAAGUGUGAUGAAGAUGAGGAUUAUCUACCUGGAGCAGCACGUGCAUCACCACAAACACAAGGGGAUGACGAGCCGGAAGUGAAUAAUAAGGAAUCCAUGAACGACGUUCGGAGUAGGAUCGUCGAUGCUUUGCUUAUCGCGAGGGAGGAAUAGUAUAUGUAUGUUUUUGUUGGAGAACAUUAUUAUGUGAACCAUGUCUUUUGCGUGCGUUUAUCUUUUCGA